CAUACGGCCACUGUCGGCUGCUUGGUAUCAGUUUUUCCAGGGCUAUCAUCGAGUGUGGUCGCGUUUUCAACCUGUAGCCAAGUCAGCAAACUGCUUUGCCGCCGUUUUUUUUUCUUUCCUUCGACAACAUCCAGGUGGGAUUAAAUGAUUGUGGUUGUUUUAUCAGUGGAUACGGAGUCAAGUGAGUGUCAAUUGCCUGCCGAACAGGCGAUUUAGCUUCGAAAAUUGUGUGACUUGGAGCGAACGGUUCGGGUGUGAGUGACGAAACUAGAAAAUAACUCUGCUGGAGAAUAAAGUUUUCUUUUAAACCCUCUGCAUAUUCAUCCAUAUUUAUAGUUACUGAACAACGGAUGAUGAACACUAGUUACGUCAGGAGUUAGCUAAUUUAUACUCUUUCAUCGUUUUUGGAUCAACCUGAUACCUGAUGACCCUGCUCACGAAAUGAUUUCACCGAUCAACCAGUCAUUUCCGCCUUCAAUUUGUCUGGAACUUUGCUGUCUUGUAAAGUGCAUUUUCGUCCGGAACCAGAUUUUCUUUUGAAGAUUUCUUUCAUUCAAAUAAUGCUCGGAAGAAAUUAGCGGGUAAUCAGUAGAGCAUUUGUGAAGGCCAGUCACCUUUUUGCCAACGGCCAGGAACAGUUUACGCCUCGGGGGCGAUAGUGCAGCAACGAACGCCCGCUUAUAGGACCGAGUGCCGUGGAAGCAACGAAGACGAAGAAUAAUGAUCGGUACGGUGGCAGAAGCUUGAUUAAAGCUCACCGAGAACGACAGACAAACAGCGGCUCCGUAUAGAAUAUCGUGUCCAGGAAGAAAAACUCAACAUCCGGUGUCCACUUUUUCUCCUCAUAGAACUAACAUAACAGACAGCCAAGCAGCAGAGUUUAACGCAAGAGCGAGCAAAAAAUAAAAGCACCAUCAGGAAGGAGGAGCUUUUCCUCAGCACAGCCGGCAAAAUGAAGGGACGACAUCUGAGGAGACGAUUCAGUUUGCAGCCUUCCUUCAUGAAGGACGACAGCCCGGAAGAUAAACCUAAACGAGAGAAACCGCUGAAAAACGACGAAAACUCAAUAAACUCCAACGUUCGGCACAGAAUCGUCGUGAUGGGAGCGGCCAAGGUCGGCAAAAGUUCACUCAUAACGCAAUUUCUGUACAAUGCAUUCUCGCCCAAGUACAAGCGCACCGUCGAGGAAAUGCACCACGGGCACUUCUCGGUCGGUGGAGUCAACCUCACGUUGGACAUCCUGGACACGUCCGGUUCGUACGAGUUUCCAGCAAUGCGAGCUCUAUCCAUCUCAUCGGCCGACGCCUUCAUCCUGGUGUACGACGUGACGGACAGCGUAUCGUUCGAGGAGGUCAAAGCGAUCCGAGAGCAGAUCCACGAAAUCAAAGCCACCACCGCAGUUCCGAUUGUAGUGGUCGGGAAUAAAACCGACCUAACCGACGAGGAUGAUGACGUCCGACAGAUUCCACAAGACACGACUGAAUCGAUGAUUACCGUUGAUUGGGAGAACGGAUUUGUCGAGGCAUCGGCAAAAUUAAAUCGCAAUGUUUCACAGAUCUUCAAGGAGCUUCUCGCCCAGGCCAAAAUCGCGUACAAUCUCAGUCCGGCGCUACGACGGCGGCGACGCCAAUCGCUUCCUCAGCAGGCCAGCGUCGGCGGAGUUGGCGGAGGCACAGGCCCGCCAACGCCCCAGCAAUCGAUGCCCCCGAGCUCCGUUCACGUUCCAUCCGCCGCACAACUAGCGCAUCUGCAGCAAAUCCAGGACAAAAGCCUCGGUGGCAAGCGGAAUUCGUGCAUUUUAUCUUAAUACCCCACCCCAGCCGGCCAAUCUCUAGAAAUCAAAUAAUCAGAUAAGACAGCAAACCAGUCCAAACAAGUUAUCCUGUUACGAUGUAUUUAAAAUGAUGUUUCAUGUAAUUCAAUGAACAAACCAAAAAAAAAAACAAAUAUCCUAUAAUCAA